UGGCAACCCCAUUUACAUUUUCUACCUCACAGUAAUUUUAUAGCGUUUCGCGUAGUCCGUCGUCAAUAAUUCGCUAAUAUUCGGGCGUGUUCACCGAUUACGAUCAAAUAACUGAAACAAAGUGGCCGCUUAGCGCCGCGGUGUUUAGUUUAUUCGCACUCGGUCGCCUUGCAGUGAGACGUGUUCGUGCCACCACACCCUCGGAGCGCGGUGUCGGUGAUAACUGAUAGUUGCCGAAGUGUUAUGUGGUCGGGCUAGCCGCAGCCGCACCCGCAGUGUCGUGCAGUGUGCGUGCGGGGUGCAUUGAUGGGCUGCAGGGGCUGGCGCAGCGCGGCGGAGCGGCCGCUGCGGCGAGACCUCGUUUGCCGGAAGGACGCCUCAACUCGCCACACUGGAACUAAUGGAAUUAGAGAACAUCGUCGCCAACACAGUCUAUUUGAAGGCCAGAGAAGGUGGCUCCGAUAGCAACAAGGGCAAGAGCAAGAAGUGGCGCAAGAUCCUCCAGUUCCCUCACAUAUCACAAUGCUUAGAUAUAAAAACAAAAAUAGAUGUAGGUUACGACUACGUGGUCGACCAGCAGCCGAUCGGCAAGCUGCUGUUCCGGCAGUUCUGCGAGCGAACCAAGCCGGAGUACCACAAAUACAACAGCUUCUUAGAUGCGGCGGAGCGAUACGAUGUGGAGAUGGAGGAGACGCGGACGGCGGUGGCCGUCGACGUGUUUCGGCGUUACCUCACAGACGAGGACGGUGAAGCGGUCACCGACGUCGUCGACAAACAGGCGGUCGACGAUGCGAGCUCCGCGCUGGAAGCCGGCUCAAAAGACAUCUUCAGCACAUGCAUACGAUGCGUGAAGAACUUCCUCGCGGGCACGCCCUUCUCGGAGUUCGAGCGCUCCAUGUACUUUCACCGGUAUCUGCAGUGGAAAUGGUUGGAGGCCCAACCUGUGACGCAGCACACCUUCAGGAUGUACAGGGUCCUCGGGAAGGGAGGGUUUGGAGAGGUUUGCGCUUGUCAGGUGCGCGCAACAGGCAAGAUGUACGCGUGUAAGAAGCUGGAGAAGAAGCGCAUCAAGAAGAGAAAAGGAGAGGCGAUGGUGCUGAUAGAGAAGCAAAUACUCCAGAGGAUCAACUCGCGCUUCGUCGUCAACCUCGCCUACGCGUACGAGACGAAAGACGCGCUCUGUCUCGUUCUCACUAUUAUGAACGGAGGCGACCUGAAGUUCCACAUCUACAACAUGUGCGGCGCCGACACGGGGCUCGGCCUCGAGCGAGCGCGCUUCUACGCCGCGCAGGUGGCGUGCGGGUUGGAGCACCUACACAGGAUGGGCAUUGUUUACAGGGACUGCAAGCCGGAGAACAUCCUGCUGGACGACGCGGGCCACGUGCGCAUCUCGGACCUCGGGCUCGCCGUGGACGUGCCGGACGGGGGCUCCGUGCGCGGCCGGGUCGGCACCGUCGGGUACAUGGCCCCUGAGGUGAUCGACAACGAGCGCUACACGUUUUCUCCGGAUUGGUUUUCGUUCGGCUGCUUGUUGUAUGAGAUGCUGGAGGGACGCGCGCCCUUCCGCGCCAGGAAGGAGAAGGUCAAGAGGGAGGAGGUCGACCGGCGGGUCAAGCACGAGCAGGAGAAGUAUUCGAGCAAGUUCAGCGACUGCGCGCGGUCCUUAUGUUCCGCACUGCUCGCCAAGAGUGCCGUCUCCAGGCUCGGGUGCGGCUCCGGCCGGAGGGGUGCGGCGCUCGUGAAGCAGCACCGCUUCUUCAACUCCCUCAACUGGGCCAGGCUCGAGGCCGGUAUGGUGGACGCGCCCUUCGUGCCCGACCCGCACGCGGUAUACGCUAAAGACGUACUAGACAUCGAGCAGUUCUCGACCGUAAAGGGCGUAGCCCUGGACGCGGGCGACGACACCUUCUACGGCAAGUUCAACACCGGCUCCGUCUCCAUGUCGUGGCAGACCGAGAUGAUCGAGACGGGCUGCUUCACCGAGCUGAACGUGUUCCAAGCGGGUAGGGAGCAGGCGGAGGCGCCGACGCCGGACCUGCAGCUCGCGGCGGCCGCGGCGCCGCAGCCCGACGCGCAGGCGCAGGGCGGCGGCUGCUUCGGGUUCGCCAGGCGGAUCCUGUGUCCCACCAAGAAAAUCCCGGCGCGGCUCCGCGUGGUGCCGGUGCCCUCGCACCUGCUGCAACCCUCGUCCCCCGCCCCGGCCGCACCCCCCGCACCCCCCGCACCCAACACGCCCGCUCGGAGCUGACGGACGGACGCAGACCCUUAGCGCGGUGUCCGGCCCGAGGGGCGCCGGCCCGCGCGGGACGAUGAGGUCGACCGAUGGAAAGGACGUCCCGGGAGUGACUCCACCUCCUGCUCUCGCGUUCUACGUCUUUCCUUAUGAGGUGAGGGGCCGCGACUUUGAUUUCGAGUUCGCAAACUUUUUUUACCUGCGAGUCCGCUUCUACCUCGAGAUGAAAUACUUCUUUCGUGUCGGUUCCCCGCCGAGCACAAAUUGUAGAUCGUUGUGACUCUAUGCUCCUAAUACUGGAUUUGCGACCGCAGAAUGGAAUAGGUACUUUAUGACUUGAUGGUGUAUUUUGACGACGUUUCGCGGAUGGAAAUGUAUAUAUCGAAUUAUUAAUCGGAAAUACGGCGACUGAAUUUCCGACGCUCCCGCGUUUUAAAUGAUAAGAUUAAAUGAUACGAUGAUCCUUAGGCGAUGUAAACCGUGAAAAAAAUGUCUACGAUUUACUAAACAAUAAUUCCAAGAUGCGACUCAAAAAGCGUUACCGUUGAAUCGCGGCCGUUAUUUUUAUUCGACUAUCGAGCCGAUUGUCGAUUUUUCUAUCGACUAUCGACCGUGUCGAGUGUCGAUUGACGUUCCCGAACACGCGCUUGACAAAAUUGUACAUACAUGUAUAAGAAGUUGAACGAUUAUGGUCCGUGUACGUAACGCAGAAGAUUAAGGUUCAAAGCGUUUUGUUCGGGAAUGUAGCUUUUUUGAAUUUUAUAUCGUGAAAACUUGUAACGAAAAUGUAAAUUUAAUCGAUUCUUAAGAUAUUGAAUAACAAAAUAAACCUUCGAACUUAUCUGAUACGAUGCAUUUUGCAAUGUACCUGUCGGUGCCGAGUGUGUGACGAGAUCAUGAACAAUUUAGUUAUUUGUAAGUAAAUGUUGAUAUUUGCAGUUUUCUCGACUGAUUUUUUGUUUCGUAUUAUUUCGGGACGAGUAUUAUGUGAACAAAACAUAUGUAUAAGUGGUAUUUAUGUAGUUAUUUUUUACGCAAAACGUUUUCGGUGUGAAGUUUCAUGGAACCAUUUUUUUUUUAAUUAGUAACUAAUUUUGCUAAAAUAUUUCUUUACAUGCCAGAUACGGUACACAAGAUGUAAUCUUCGCACAAAGUUUAAAAAAAUAUAUUUUUGUAGCUUUUUAUGGCUGACUUCACACCAAUAAAGAAUACAGUCUCCAUGAAUGACAUGUUUCAUUUAUUUAGCAAACAAGGCGCUUAUAAAUGUAUGAGCUCAUUCGUGCUUAGAUAUUUAUGAGCACAUUGUUUUAUAGAUACAUUGGAGACGUUCUUUGAAAUCUCCAUGAAUAUGUAUUUGAUGGUGAGUGUACGUGUCCCGCGCUCGACUGUACUCCUUGUGUAUCGGAACGUUGGGUUGGUAUUGAAUUUAUAUUAUUUACAUGACUUUUGAAAUGUAUAUUUUUGUAGAGGACGAAUUUAUAUGUUUAGGCUUUUCGGACAUGUUUAUAUAGUGGCUUCCGGAGUAGGUUGGGUCAGGAGUCAGGAGUUAAUGCACAAAAGGUGGCACUUUACUGAUCAACAAUAGACCUUACGGCAUUGUUAUAGGGUUCAAAAUAACACUGAAUUGUCUUCGACAGCAAUGUUCCUGUUUUUGUCUAGCCUCCUAAGGCUCAAGGUCCUACCGAUUAUAAGUAGGUACUUAUUUAGUUCGAUCAAAUAUAAAUCAUAUUCAAUUGGAACAGUUGCAUUUUUUUUGUUACAUUCAAUUUUCAAGCAAAACAAAAUCAGCUCUAUUUCUUACACUAUAGGUUCAAAUUUCAGUGACAAAUUUUAGAUUUUUCAUUUGUAUGGCUGGGCUCAGGAGGCUAGAAUGCAGCGUAGUGAUGAUAGAAUAUUGAAUGUUUUUUUAAUUUUGACCGCUAGAAGUACUCCGACAAAUUUGAACUUUAAUAGUACAUUAUUGCAGAGGCCGAGAAAGAGCAAUUUUCGAUUUUGUCGACCAAGAAGACGAAUCUACGAAUUGCUAUUCCUGCCGAGGCAUAUACAGGGUGGCUAAAAAUAAGUGCAUUCCCAGGGAGGUUUUGGGA